ACUAUUUUCAUGGGAGACCCUCCACGUUCACCGUCGACUGAUCCCUAUAGCAUCCUCACAAUCUCGAAAGAUUUAUGCAAAGCAUACAAAUCCCUUUUCAAUAAAUUUCAUUCUGAAAAAAGCCCCAUAAGCAAAACAGAAGUUGAAGCCAGAUCACCAGGCAUUAAGAAUGAAGCCUAUAAGGUUGUCAAUGGAAGAUAUGAUGAAGAAAGAAGAACAACAACUAGCGAUUCAACAACACUGGCGGAUUUUAUUCGUCAAGAUCAGGACGAUGAUGAAGAUGGCUUCUUCACACGCAGAGUUUCCCUCUUCUCAAGGAGUGCAAGUAGAAGAAGAAGCAAAACACCAACCCCACGUUCAGUCACAAACAUUAGUACUCCAAAUACAAGAAGGUACUCCACCCCACUACCAAGAAGUAUGAGUAGAAGGAGCACAUCAGAGACUGAUUUCCCUAUGGUAUCAAGAGAUAUGGGUAGAGGGAGCCCAUCAGAAACAGAAAGCAAUCUAUUAAGAAGUAAAAGCAGGAGGAGCAACUCGGAAACAGAAGCCUCUAUAUUAAGAAACAUGAGAUCACCAGAAACCGAGAAGCCAGUAAGCCCCGUGCCUUCUCUAUCAAGAAAUACGAGCAGCCGAAGGAGCAGCACCCCGAUCAUAUUCUCGCAAUCAACUGCACUUAAAAAACCUCCACCCAUCGAGAAGAAGCUCAAGUGCACUCUUGAGGAGUUGUUUGAAGGAUGCGUCAAGAAGAUCAAGAUCAAUAGAGAUGUCAUCACAAAUACCGGGAUGAUCGUCCAACAAGAGGAGGUACUGAAGAUACAAGUAAAACCUGGAUGGAAGAAAGGAACUAAGGUUACAUUUGAGGGAAAGGGUGAUGAGAAACCACGCUACUUACCAGCUGAUAUAAUCUUCUCAAUAGAUGAAAAAAGACACCCUUUGUUUACAAGGGAUGGUGACGAUUUGGAAAUUGGAGUUGAAGUCCCUCUACUCAGUGCUCUCACUGGCUGCUCAAUUUCGGUUCCUCUAUUUCGAGGUGAUAAGAUGACAUUGUCAUUUGAUGAUAUCAUAUAUCCUGGCUAUGAAAAGGUUAUCAAGGGCCAAGGCAUGCCAAAUCCUAAAGACCCAGGAAAGAGAGGUGAUCUUCGAAUCAAGUUUCUCGUUCAGUUUCCCACAGAAUUAAGUGAUGAAAAACGAGCACAAGCAUGUAAAAUACUACAAGAAUGUACUUGAUGAUCAUCAACUUAUUCUUUUUGUUUUUAUCCCUUCUUUAUGGCAUUGAGAUUUACUUAGAAUAACUUAUCAAAAAAAUGCGAGGGGAAAUUAAUACUCAAGUCCUAGUGGCUUGUAAUUAAUAAUGUAUAUAAUUUGAUGACUUUUAUGGGUACACACAUAAAAUUAUUGUAACUAGUGUGUAAGCUGUACUUAUGCACGAGAAUGAUGAAUUGUAGUAAUGCUAUUGAUGUUAGUUUGAGUUAUUAAACAUAAAAGAUAUAAU